AAAGAAAACCGAAUGCAACGGGCUUUAUCCCAUCAGAAUUUUCCAAGCACCGAAGUGAUUUAGAUGAAAUUAGUCUCAACAUGGCUGGAAAACAACAAAUUGAUAUCGGCCAAUUACCGAUUCCGCGAUUAAAUGCUUUAACACAACAAUUUCAAGAGGAGAUUGAAUUUUUCGCCAACUCAUUGAAUCAGCUGAAGUUGGCCCAAAGCAAAUAUGUGGAAUCACAAGAAAGUUUGAACAAAGUUUGUCCAGAGAGCAAAGAUAAAGAGAUUCUAGUUCCACUAACUAGUUCUAUGUAUGUUCCGGGGCAGCUUAGUGAUGUAGAUAAUGUAUUGGUGGAUAUUGGCACGGGAUACUAUGUAGAUAUGAGUGUGAAUAACGCAAAAGAUUAUUUCAAAAGAAGAAUAGAAUUUUUGACGAAACAGAUUGAAAAAAUUCAGCCUGUUUUACAGGAGAAAUAUAAAAUGAAAGAAGUGAUGUCAGAGAUCCUUCAGAUGAAGAUAGCUGCCCAGAUUCAAGCCCAGCAGUCAGCAAAGACCUAAUUCUUUCCAUGUCAUUUUCUAUGAACUUUAAAGUAUUCUAACACGUUUUAUAAUAAUAGCAAUUAUGUGUCUGUAAAUUACAGUUAAACUCUGAUAUAGUGAACUAGGAUGUAGCAAAAACUCAGAUAUAAAGAUCAGUAUUUGAUUCAUUGAUUUUUGGCCUUCUUAAUUUGGUACAGAAAUCUACUCGUUCUACAUUUUCUGUCCGAAAAGCAGUUAAUAUGCAGAAAAAUAAAUGGUUAUAAAGAAUAGUUUGGUUAUCAGGAUCAGAUUUGUAAUGUUCAAACCAGUUCACUUUAUCCAAUAGUGGCAGUAAUUGUAUUUUGUGUGAGCAUUUGAGCAUAUAAUAUUUAAUGUGGUGUUUUGCUGCAAAAAGCCUUUUGUGUUAUAUUUGUGUUAAAUCUGAAACAAGUUUAGUAUGUGGGAUUCUAAUAAAUCAUGUUUAUUUUCAGUAAAACAUGCAAAUGGUAACAUACAAACCUAAUUGUAGCAAUCAAGAAACAGUGCUAUUAUAUUUGAUAAAAAAAAACUUGCAUAUAAAACAUAUGAGACUUAAAAAUACAGGUAACAGAGGAGUGUCUAAAUCAACAAAUAAGGCCUUCGAGUGGUUUGUUGUCUAAUUUACCAUGGUUCAGAGUUCAGAUGUGCAGGAAUUGAAGUGGUUAAAUAUCCAAACAUCGAAAGGAUGAACCAUGGUAAAUUAGAUGAUAAACCACAAGAAGGCCUUGAUUGUUUCAUUCUUACAUGUUCAUUGAAAUAUUCUGAUAAAAAUUAUGCUAGAUUUCAUUUACACAAGUAGUAAUAAAGUGAAUGUCAAGCAACAAAUUUAUGUCAUAAUGCUCUCUUACCAGUUCGUGCAUCAACCAGUGUUUGUUGUGGAUUAUACAGAGCUUGACUUUCUUCUUUAUUUAACUGGCGAUCAAACUGAGCCAUGUUAGAAUUAAUUUUAACACUCCAAAUCAGCUUUAUGCUACAGAGUAUGACUCACAUUAUAAGCUGUGUUCUUGUUAAAUUCUGCUGUGGGAUAUAUAACCUUUUUCUUGUUUGAAUUAAUUGAAACUUGCUUAAGAUAUUCUAUUAUUUCUUGAAUAACAUAAUUCAUUAUCAAAUAUCAAAAUAAGUAUAGUGAACUUUGUAAUUUUUGAUAUUUUGGAUCAUCAGGCUUUUGAUGUGUUCCAUCAUAUAUCUUGAACUCAUUUUUAUACAAUAAAAGAGAGAAACACAGA